AUGGUACGUGCAGUUCUGCCAUUCCUUCUUGUGGUAUCGGUGGUCGCCGAUUUAGAGGGACAGAUGGCCAAUUUCCAGAAGGAACAAGAGGAUGGAAGCAAUACAGAGUGUGGCCCUUCAUUCUGCUUUGAUACCCAGACAGCAAACUGUUUUCAGAAGCUACCAGCGAAGGUAUGCAUGAGGGCCAUUUACACGUGUGUCAACUACAUGUUCACGGACACGAAGCCGCAAGAGUUCUGCGACAAGGAAAGGAAGAACGGUAACUCCGCAGCAAUCGCUGCCCUGGCUUCGAAAUCCCAGCCCGAGAAGAUGCAGCACAUGCCGCUGCCGGAGGCCAUCUGGCUGAUGUCGCUCAUCGUUUUCGGUUUGGGCAUCAUCCUCAAGCAUUUCCUGGCUCGCCCGAAGGCUGAGAUCACAGGACUAAAGAUGCCAUUGCUCUGUGACGCAGUGUAA